AGCCAACACCAUCUCUAUCGCCGCCGCCGCUGCCGCCGCCGCUAGUCCACCUUCUGUGCCCGGCCUCGGCCUCGGCUCGCAGUGCUAACAGCUGUCCUCCGCGCUCUCGCGCAGCGUUCCGCCCAGGCCGCGCCCAGCUGGAAUGCAGAGAUCGCCGCCCGGCUACGGCACACAGGACGACCCGCCCGCCCGCCGCGACUGUGCAUGGGCCCCGGGAUCCAGGGCCGUCGCUGAGCCGCGCGGCCUCCCCACCGCCCCAGCCGCGCCUGCCUCCCCGCCCAGCCCGCCGCGCAGCCCGCCGCGCAGUCCCGAGCCAGGGCGCUAUGGCCUUAACCCGGCCGGCCGCAGUGAGCGCCCGACGGCCGACGAGCUGCGCAUCCGGCGGCCCAUGAACGCCUUCAUGGUAUGGGCAAAGGACGAGCGCAAGAGGCUGGCCCAGCAGAAUCCAGACCUGCACAACGCGGUGCUCAGCAAGAUGCUGGGCAAAGCGUGGAAGGAACUGAACGCGGCAGAGAAGCGGCCCUUCGUGGAGGAGGCCGAGCGGCUGCGCGUGCAGCACCUGCGCGACCACCCCAACUACAAGUACCGGCCCCGCCGCAAGAAGCAGGCGCGCAAAGCUCGGCGCCUAGAGCCGGGCCUCCUGCUCCCUAGCCUGGCACCACCAUCCGAGUCGUACCCCGCGGCGCCUGGCCCAGCCCAUGCCUUCCGCGAGCUGCCCCCGCUGGGCGCCGAGCUCGACGGCUUGGGGCUGCCCACGCCCGAGCGCUCGCCGCUGGACGGCCUGGAGCCUGGAGAGGCGGCCUUCUUCCCGCCUCCCGCGGCGCCCGAGGACUGCGCGCUGCGAGCCUUCCGCGCGACCUAUGCCCCCGAGUUGGCCCGGGACCCCGGCGGCUGUUACGGGGCGCCCCUGCCCGAGGCGCUCAGGACCGCGCCGCCUGCAGCGCCGCUCGCUGGCCUCUACUACGGGGCCCUGGGCGCGCCAGGCCCCUACCCCAGCCCGCUCUCGCCGCCUCCCGAAGCGCCACCGCUGGAGGGCGCUGAGCCCCUGGGCCCCGUCGCCGCCGACCUGUGGGCCGACGUGGACCUCACCGAGUUCGACCAGUACCUUAACUGCAGCCGGACUCGGCCCGAUGCCCCCGCUCUCCCAUACCACGUGGCGCUGGCUAAACUGGGCCCGCGCGCCAUGUCCUGCCCAGAGGAAAGCAGCUUGAUCUCGGCGCUGUCCGACGCCAGCAGCGCUGUGUACUACAGCGCCUGCAUCUCGGGCUAGGUGCCGCCCCUGCCCCAGCGCUUCCUCCUGCUCCACCUAGACCUUGCGGCCCUGCCGCACUCCCGCUUCCCUCUCGCAGAUGUAAGUGUCGCCACGCAACAGCCUGGACGCUCCCUUGCUGCGGGCGGCCCUACCUCCCCGGGCCUUGCCCGUAUUGGGGGGGGGGGGUCGGGCUGUUCCAGGAAGCUCAGGCCUGGGACCUGCUGGCUGGCCCUGCCAGGGUUAACUAUUGGAAGCACCUAAGCCUUUUCUUGCAGUGUAUUUUCUUGAACCAGGUUGUAUUUUUUACCUUGUCUUUUUUAUAUACAUAAUACAAUAUAUUUAAUUUUUAAUUAAACUUUUAAAUGUUCCAGUGAUCUACCGGCA